AUGUCCGGAGCCUGUCAUUCACCCAACACACUGCGAGUCCCGCAGGCAACGUUGAAGUCGGACCUCGGUGGACCGCGGCGUCUGGCCAUGCGCCGCUCGAAGCUCAACAAGUCGUGCGACCAAUGUCGUCAACGGAAAGUCCGCUGCCUCUUGAAGAAACGCAAGGAGCCCUGCAGCUUUAGCAUCACUCAGCGUAGAUUUCGUCCCAAGGAACCGGGUGGGUACUGCCUCGACUUUGCACACGACCUCGUGGUGACAGCUUCUUUACAUCUAGACUUUGCGACUCCACGUUCAUUAGGUCCAAGUCCUGCCGGCGUUAUAGGUCAAGAGCAGUUGUCUCAAGGCUUGUUGAUCGAUCGCCUACUGCAAAACCCAUCCAGCAGUGAAGCAGUGCUCUAUGACGAGUUCUCAGUUCUAAAGGCACAUGAGCGACGUGCGACCAGCUCCGGACUGGCCUUUUUCUCGGACCGCAAAGUCGACAGCCUGACCCGAAGAAUCGGCAACUCCAAGCUGCGCGACCUUGUCGUGGGCAUUGAUACCGCUUUACGAUCACGUCUGCUCACACGGACCGACACGGAGAUUUCCCAGUGUCUCCUGGUACCUGGUUUACGUUCCGUCCAGGUAUCAGCAGACGAGGCGGCUGUUUACAUCAAGGCAUAUUUCCGCCAUAUUCACGCCUCCUUCCCAUUCCUGAACAAAGAUGCAUUCGAGCAAAAGGCUCUCACAGCGAUGGUCAACCACACAAUUCUUGCUGAGGCGACAUGUAUGGCGCUCCGCCUACGUUAUCACACAUCCGCAAUCGAAGAGAACCAAGAAGAAUGCUGCCGAACAUUCUGGGUCAUCGCUGACUAUGAUAUCGGAUGCCCGGUUCCCCUGGCAGCAGCGUCUACCGUGGGCGAGUACGACUGGUUCCUAUCGUCCAUCCGCUUUGCUCGGAUCCUCUCCACCACCUACGAGGCCCUCUUCUCCGUCAGCGCAUCCACACGCCCAGCAACAUCGCACUUCGCUGCCAUUGAUAAUGUCCGGACUUCUCUGGAAAAGUGGCGGCUCUUGAUGCCUGUCGAAUUCCGGCCUCAGGAACCUCUACGCCAUACACACCUCGUUGAUCCAAAAACGAAGCAUAUCGCGUUGUCGACGCAUUAUUAUUAUCAUCAUCUUGUCAUAGCUCUAGAGCGCCUAAGCCUCCGACUCGGCGGCGACCACGGGACCCAUCAGGAAGAGUGCCACCACAGACUAGUACAAGCUGCCAAAGCAGUCAUCGAGCUCACACGCUUCAUAGAUGUCGAGCCAUACACGCCAAUCUUCAUCCUCGGCAUCAUGCCCUUAUCCGCACUCUUCAUCCUCUUCGACUUCAUCGUCCAGAAUCCAUACCAUGCCGAUACCCGGGCCAACCUCACCCUCCUGGAUAUCGUGUCGGGCCACUUCAGCCAACUUGAGCACGUGUCCGCCGGAGCCCUGCCCGGGAACCACCUGAGCGAAUUCGCGCACAUUGCCAGACGAUAUGUGCAAGAGCUUCCUGCACCGCCGUCAACUAUGGCUGGUGCUUCGCAGCAGACUGGUAACAUGGGACAGACGACAACUUCGCCUGCAAUCACGACACCGGAUGCCUCUUUGGGAGCUGGUGCGGCGAAAGACAUGGCUGCCAAUAACUAUGAGACAUCUGUUGGAGAAAUUCGCAUGGAAGUCCUGGACAACAGCAACGACUUUGAUGCCUCGGCCUAUUUCGAUAACUUUGCAGGGGCUUCUGACUUCCUCUCUGAUGUGGAUCCAAAUAACCGCCAGUCUACGAAUCGAGAGAACACCCAGCUCACGAAGCAGAAUGAGCCCUCGCUUGAUACCUCUUCGUCGAGAACACUGAGCGUGGCAACCUCCUCAUCGCAACAAACUACCCAGCGUCAACGCUACACUCCAGCCCAGCAGCAUUCCCACCGGUCCAGUCAAUCACAGCAGCCUCAAAUCGGUCAACGAGCCAGCCAGCCGCGGCAAUACCUUCAAGCCCCGCCGCAGUCGCAGACAACAGUCCGGGGACCCCAGACAGCGCGACGCCGAUUAGCACAGCCGCAGCGAAACACCCAGCCAGUCUAUACUCGGCAAGUCUAUGUUCAGCCAACUCAAAUUCAGCCUACCUACGUUCAGCCGACCUACGUUCAGCCGACCUACGUUCAACCGACCCAUAUUCGACGACCGCACGCCCAGCCGCAGUCACGAGCCCAGCCAAUCUACAAUCGCCAGUACGAUUCUUCUAGCGAUGAUGACAACUAUUCCUCGAGCAGCGACCCCAGAGCCCAACCAGCCCAGGAGCCCACUUCGUCUACGGACGAGUGGUCCGAUCGUCCGCCCUCCCCGCCGAGCAGCCAGUAUGCGAGCGAGGAGAUGGCGAAUGCCGAGGCGGCGAGUGAGGAGGAUGACUACGAUGAAGCUGGCAGUGAUUGCGGCUACGGCAGCCACUACAGCGGCUAUUCGGAUGAAUACGGAAACGAUUUUGACUCUGGCGAGCAGUAUGACGACUACGACUACAUGAGCGAUGGUGGCUAUGGAAGUGAUGGUGGAUAUAGCGAUGGAGGAUAUAGCGAUGGUGGCUACAGCAGCGACAAUUGA